CUUCCUUCAGCAGCCAGCAACCAUUCUCUCUCUUUCUCUUUGGUCAAUAGCGGUCUCAUCUCACCAAUCUUUCUUUCUGUUGCUGUCUCCUCCCCCUUGAUUUCCCCUUUCUUCAAAGAAAACAACCGACAGCCAUCCCUUUUUAUCUAGAUCACCAAUGAUCUUGGUUCUGCUCUUGUCAUGGAUCCUUGCUGUUUGGUUUCACCAUAUUCGAAUCCUUUCCACGCCAAAGAACCCUUAUUUCGCUUAAUCGAAAGCCAUCAUAUCGAACCCACCUUCUCGAACCGUUCCGUAGUCCAGCACCUACCAUGCCGGCGAGUGAGCAGCAAGACGAGGGAGAGUAUAAUCAGAUCUGCCAACUGGUGAUGGAGGUGAUGUGCACGUGAAACUCCGGUGACUCGGCAAGAUUUCUAUCCCCCUGCGACUCGAAUAGAUUUGCAGAUCUGUACUGCUACAGAGCACGAAUGGGGUGAUAAAAAGCUGACGUCAAAGCAGAUUGAAGGCCCAAAUACAUUUUUGCAGAUGUUUGUAAAAGGGUAAAGAUCGGAGAGGCCCAAAUGCAAUGUUGCAGAUUCUGGUAAAGAAGAAACAGAUCAGAGAAGCCCAAAAGCCGUGGAACCAAAAGGCCCAAAGAGAUGAUUUCUGGAAUGUUCCUUUUAGGGUUUUUAAGGUUUCUUUGUUUGGGUAUAAAUAGAGGGGUUUUAGGAGCAGAAUGGAGGAGGUCUUUUUGGUUUUGAGUUGGGUAUUGAGAACGGCGGUAGAAAGAAGAGGAGUUCUGUUAGAGAGAGGUGGUGGUUUGGGAGGAGAUUUGGGUCUAUCUUUGUAAGUAAUUUUCUGAACAGAGGAGUUUUCUGGGAAUGGUGGUGAAGGGGACGAUGGGAGCCUGGUCCCAUGGGUGGGAUCCCUCCCAUCCAGAUCUAGAUCUAUCUUCCUUAAAAAACUCCGUCGUGGGUGUCUCUUUUAUUUUGUUGAUUUUCUCUGUAGUUUCUUAGAUUCAAUGUUUAAGUUUGUAUGCAUUUACUGGAAAAUGAAUGAGAAUCAAAAGUUGUUCAGUUU